GCCGCAGCUUCUCUUUCUGUAGUUGGAGGUUGGGCGCGUGAGGAGUUUCUGCAGUGCUGACUGAGUUCUUGCGGAUGCGGGUGUUCAGUUGUCAGCUUGGAUCCCUGAUGGAGCUGUCGUGAGCAGUGAUCAUCAAUUGGUGCUUUUCAAGAUUUGGUGUCUAUUCAAUGACUAUGGGGAAUCAGUUGGCACCUGUGCCUCCUUUCCUGCCUCACUUGCAGGCUCUGCAUGUGGUCGUAGUUGGAUUAGAUGCAGCUGGCAAAACAUCUCUGCUUUACCGUCUGAAGUUUCAGGAGUUUAUCAAGAGUGCACCUACCAAGGGCUUCAACAUGGAGAAGAUCCGAGUGCCACUGGGAACCUCUCGCAUCAUCACUUUCCAAGUAUGGGAUGUGGGCGGCCAGGAAAAACUGCGUCCUCUCUGGAAAUCCUACAUGCGCCGAACAGAUGGGGUUGUUUUUGUAGUCGACUCAGCAGAGGUUGAACGUUUGGAAGAGGCUCGAGUUGAAUUGCACAAAAUUACACACUCCUCAGACAAUCAGGGAAUUCCUGUGCUUGUGCUGGCUAACAAACAGGAUGUGGCACAUGCACUCUCUGUAGCUGAGGUGGAGAAGCACCUUGGCUUACAUGAACUAUAUACUUCAACGUUGAGCCACAUCCAGGGUUGCAGUGCCAUUAGUGGACUAGGCCUUCAGCCAGCUCUGGAAAAACUGUAUGAAAUGAUUCUUAAACGCAAAAAACUCCUUCGCAAUGGUAAGAAGAAGUGCUGAGAAACAAUGUUUCCACCUGGACAAAAGUUAAUAAUCAUUCCAAGCAUGAUUCAUGGCAAUUAAUGGACCAAGUCUUCAGUUUCUUCCUUAGUGGUUUUUAAUUAUUGGACUAAAGGGUUGUUUAAUAUCUAAACAUUUAUCAUGUCUACUUUCCUCUUACCCUAAAGAGAAUGAAUAUCUGUCUAGACUGGGGAGGGAUAAACUUUUUUCAAAGUAAUGGGUUGUGCUCUAUGAGUUCAGCAAACCCUUCAUAGUUAAGUUUACCUUUAAAAAAUAUCUCCUUUGACUCUUUUCAAAGGCUCUUGUUUUUUACAUAAAGCAUAACUUAAAUUAUUAAACAAAUUGUUUGUGGGCUUCAACAAGGCAUUUUUGUCAUCUUCAAUAUAUUAAUCAGGCAACUGGAGUGAGGAGGAGCUACCAGCUUCUUUGGGAAAAAGCAAGCAUCAGAUGGUAUUUCUUGGAAAGACGAGUAGCAUUUCACUUUCAGCAAAGCCCUGCUGGACCUCAAGGCACUAUAGAUAUCAUCAUUUACUCUUCUCAGCAUUUGCAGAUUACAUGAGCAAGAAGAAUGAGGAAAAGGCAGCUGAAACUGUUUAUAUUUUCUUGGAUCCUUCACUUUUUCUAAUAAUGGCAGUCUCUACUUUUUUUUUUAAUAAAACAGCCAACUAACUCCCUCAUCUCCUUAAGAACAGAGUAUGCCUUAUUCGCAGAUAGGCUAAAGCUUUGGCAUAGUUCAUUUUAGAAAUAAAGUAUUGGAUAUACCUUUGCCUGAGAGGAUGAAUUGGCUUUGAAUGGUAUGACUGGAGAGAAAGGUAAAGGGACAGAGCGGUUCAUGAAAUGAGACGACGAUGAGUAGCAGGUGUUUCUUUUCUGACAAUACUUCCCACUUCCAAGCACAAUUAGCAGAAGUCUAGAUUUGGCACGGCUUAUACUUUGACAAGAGUUUGAAUUGAGGCAGUACUUCCAAAUGAAAUUUUCAAGGCCUAGGUUACUAGGUUCCAGUAAAGAAUAAUUUUAAAAAGCAAAGAUUGUUAGAGGAAUAAAAUGCAAUUGCAUAUGAU